AUGAGAAUCAAGUAUGUGCUUGCGUCGAGUCGUGACAAAAGCCCAUGCACCUGUGAAAUAUACCCAAACGAGAGGGUGGAUUUCUUUGAAUCGGACGAAUUCUUGCAAUCGCUGUUCCCUCAUACAAACUUGAGCGAGGACUGGACGGUAGGAACGCUGUAUCGAAGCGGGCAGGAGUUCUCGUACACCCAGUCGAAAUCAGCCACCAAGUACUUUUUGUACAAUACGAUUCGUAGCAUACGUCAUGAAAGUGGCAGAAAAGACGUCUACUCCUUAGCGGUGGUUACUCGAGAGCCAUUUUAUGCCGUGCUCAAACCUCUGCUCGCAGAUGCCAGCCGCAUCUAUGCGCAGGAUCCUGCACCUGGUCUACUGGCUGAAGUUUAUCACGCUAUCCACGGUAUCAACACCCGGCAAAUGCCGCUGUUCACCCACUGCGAAAAAAGGAUUCUGCAAAUGAAUGCCCAAAAGAGUCUGUUCUGCGAUUAUUACGCCUCGCAGGGACCAGCAGGGCAACCAGCAGAUACCCAUUUCUACAUUGCAGGAACAACGUUCCGGAACAAGCAGUACCUAGUCAAGAUUCCUACUGACCUUGAAUAUCAUAAUGCUGGUGAGUUUUCCGUUUUGAACCUAGUCAAACGGUUGUUGAGGUUCAAAGUUCACGGAUCUCACCCGGAAAUCACGCCCUACGGCAAGACCACACCGGCAAUAAUCGCUCUGUGGCUUGCAAUGCUCACCGGCAAGCGAAUCGUUGUGCCCAAGGGUGAAUCAAUGUCUGCCUGCCAGUUAUGCGAGUUAGUUCUGGCCAUAAGUUUCCUCGGUGGUGCCGCAGGCCUACUUGAUACCCAUCGUUGGACCUAUCCAUACUUGCCGACAGCGGCAGACUUACCAGCUCCAUUUUUGAUCGGAGUCGAGACAUUGCCCGGCUCGUGGGAUGUUGUGGUAGAUGUUGAUCAUGCGAGCCUACAUUUGAAUGCCAAAUGUGACAUGGGCUCGAGUCCUCUGUUGUGCAUAGAUUCGGCAUUUAUCCGAGAGACACAAGAGGCCAUCACACUGCCAGAGCAUGACAUGAGAGAACAUGUUGUCCGUUAUACAACUAGUCUGCUUCGAGCCCUUGGCCGUGAGAUGCUGCUGUACCAAGCCAGCUUGCGAGGAGAUAUAUGGGAAGCAUAUAUCCCCGGCUAUGGAUACUGCUGGACCGAGGAGCAGGAGCAAUUGCUGUUUGAACAAACGUAUUUCUCUAUAGAGAAUGCAUGGAAACAGUCCCAAAGUUUUGAACAUUUCCUGACCACAACCGCACUCGACACUUGGCCGCAGGCCCACAAGCCUGUUGUUGAUCUGCGAUAUCACUAUGGUGUUCUUCGCCACGGAGACCUGAGUGCAGAGACAUCAGCCACUAUAUACCAGUUAUUGUGCAAACACAUCAACGACGUUGUUGACAUCACCCAGUUCUUGGCCGUUACAAAUUCGAUUUAUUAUUUGGUGCUGGGUAUUUACCACCCGUACGCAGAUGUGCGGGAUGCAGUGGGCCAGUUACUUUUGAGGAUUCAAAAGCAUUCGGCAGGCGCCUUGUACUUUAUGGAAUUGCCGCCAUUUCACAGCAUCGGCCUUCAGCUGGCUUUACAGGAGCGACAGCUACAGGCAAACGCGUUUUGA